AUGACUAUGAGCAACAAUAUUGAAAUUCUGAAAGGCACCUGGGAUUAUGUCGAUGGUGAUAAUAAUGACGAUUAUUUAAAGGAACUUGGUGUUGGAAUGAUGGGACGUAUGAUGGCUAAAGGUCUUAAACCACAAUUAAUUAUUAGUGAAAAAGAUGGAAAAUGGAUUCUUUGCACGAAAACUAUUUUUAAAAUAAUAACACUGGAAUUUACACCAGACGUUGAAUACGAAGAAACUACACCCGAUGGACGUCAAAUUAAAGGAAUUGUUCGAUUUGAAGAUGGUAAAUGGAUUCAAAAGAUGCUAAAUCAAAAUAAUAAAGAAUCAAUGAUAACACGUUGGGUAGAUGAAAAUGAUCAACUUCAAAUUAUUUCCGAGUGUGGAAAAGCAAAAGUGCAUAAACUUUACAAACGUGUACAAUAG